GGGGGUUGAACAGCAGCGAGUGGCUGCAUUCCCGAGCGCUUUGGAUACAAAUCAUCAACUUAAAAUAUAUAUAUAAACUAUUGAUAAAAUAAAAAUGCACCCUUCUUUUUUUGUGGAUAAUGUGGGAUUAAAACGACCCGAAUCAACGAAUAGAAACCGACAACGUCGACAUGGGAUUUGUGAUUUUGUUUCAAUCGGGAGGGCUUAAGAGCAACGCCGCCACUUCAUCACUUCAGGAAGAGAAGAGCCCGGUUCCUUUUGUGAUUUCUACUCAAAAGGGCUUUUCUUUCCUCCCUUUGGACUCGUGUUGUGUCUGGCCGCUUCGGGAGUCCGCUGUGGAAAAGGACAGUUGAAUGCAGCCUCCGACGUGCACAAAAGAAUGGGUUUCCAUUCAAGGUGGCCAUUGGUGGGACCUGCACCAACGGCAUUGUGCCUGUGUGUGUUCAGCAUGCUGCUGUGCCUGCCAUCUCCUGCGUCAUGCACAACCUGCCCCCAGAAAUGCCGUUGUGAAGACCAGCAGUUCUACUGCGACACCCAAGGACUGGAGGCGCCCCCGGACGGCGUUGACAGGGGGGCCCUGGGGUUAUCGCUCCGCCACAACAGCGUCGCUGAACUGAGCCCGGACCAGUUCUAUGGCUUCUCCCAGCUCACCUGGCUCCACCUGGACCACAACCAGAUCACCACGGUGCAGGAGGACGCCUUCCAGGGGCUCUACAAACUCAAAGACCUCAACCUGAGCUCCAACCGGAUCACAAAGCUGCCAAACACAACCUUCAUCCACCUCAUCAACCUACAGAUCCUGGACCUGUCCUUCAAUCUGAUGACUGCGCUGGAGCCUGAGCUGUUUCAUGGCCUCCGCAAGCUGCAGAUCCUCCACCUGCGCUCCAACUCGCUGCGCACCACCCCCGUCCGGGCCUUCUGGGACUGCCGCAGCCUUGAGUACCUGGGUCUGUCAAACAACCGGCUGCGAAGCCUGGCCCGGAAUGGCUUCGCUGGCCUCAUUAAACUCAGAGAACUCCACUUGGAACACAACCAGCUGACUAAGAUCAACCUGGCUCAUUUCCCCCGCCUGGUGGCUCUGCAGUUCCUUUAUCUGCAGUGGAACAAGAUCUCCAACCUGACCUGCGGUAUGGAGUGGACCUGGACCACGCUGGAGAAGAUGGACCUCACGGGGAACGAGAUCCGGGUGCUGACCCCGGACGUGUUCGAGACGCUGCCCAACCUGAAGAUCCUCCUAUUGGAUAACAACAAGCUAGGCAGCCUGGACCCUCUGGUCUUGGAUAUGUGGCGGUCUCUAGGUACCGUGGGGCUGUCCAGCAACCUUUGGGAAUGUACCAAAGGGAUCUGCUCCCUGGCCACUUGGCUUAGCACCUUUAAGGGGAGGUGGGAACACUCCAUCCUGUGUCACACCCCCGAGUACGCCCAGGGCGAGGAGAUACUGGAUGCCGUUUAUGGAUUCCAGCUUUGUCUGAAUUUUACGGUGCCGCCACCUGUCGUCUUGACCACAACCACUUUGUCAAUGGUCACGGACUCGCCGACAGGCACGACGGCGGAGGUCACCAGCACUCUGUUCGGAGUAAUGAAGCAGACACCCACACAGGGCUACUACGGGGAUUUGGGAAGCUUUACGACCGUAACGACAACGACCGCCGCGCCGCGACCCGCCCUGGCAACCACGGUGGAGGGCGGGGGUGGAGCGGUGGUGGGAGUCCCCGAGGACUUCUCGGAGACGGACAACACGGUCCUAACCCAGAGGGUGAUCAUCGGAACGAUGGUCCUUCUGUUUACCUUCUUCCUCGUCAUUUUCGUUGUGUUCAUCUCACGGAAGUGCUGCCCUCCUACCAUGCGCAGGAUACGCCAGUGCUCGGCCAUGCAGAACCGCCGCCAGAUGAGGACCCAGCAGCGGCAGCAAAUGGCGGACCUGGCCACGCAGGUACCCUAUAACGAGUACGAGCCCAGCCACGAGGAGGGAGCGUUGGUUAUCAUCAACGGCUACGGGCAGUGCAAGUGUCAACAGCUGCCUUACAAAGAGUGUGAAGUAUGAACUGUGCAUUUCCCCCUGCAGCAGCAGCAUAUGGGCUGUUGACCAUUCUGACCAUUUCAAACAAUACAGGGUUUGUUUUUGCCCCCUCCCCCCCAGUUUAUACAACAACAAAAUACUUUCUACUCGUUAGCUCUGAGAAAUCACUGCGAUUAGUAUAUUGGGAGAGUUGAUGCCUGGUGGGUGGGUGGAAUGGACAGUGAAGAGACUGAUGAGGAUGUAGUAGGAAUAGUCACCCUUUAUUUUUAUAUGAAUGCAAGAUUGUUCAUAUCAGAUAGCUGUGGGCAAUCAGUCUCCACAGGAAGAAGAGAAGAAGAACCCCCCCCCCGGUAGACAGAUGUGUCACCACAUUACUAUCAGUCACUAUGUUCCACAGCACCAGAGAGAAGACGAUGAUCUUUAGCCAGGGUGUCUGGAGACGAAUCCCUCUUUACUACGAGACGGUAAGGCUACAGAUACAUGGUCCAUAUCAUUUCCAAGGGGGACAUUAUGAUGAAAUGUUUUUUUUGUUUUGUUUUAAGAUGCACAGUAGCCACAGUGUGUCACCAUCACAAACACUUGUUGGUACAGUAGCGAGUAUAUAAAAGGGGUUGGUUAUUAAAUUAAAUGCUUUUUGUUUUGUUUUAAGUCACAUUUGUUCAUUUAUUUUAUUUUUUUGUAAAUUUACUAUGAAUAUUGAAUAAAUGUUUAUUUAUGUCACAAUCUGAAUUAAAUCUCCAACGGAAACAUUA